AUGGCAUUAAUAAUAAUUCUUCUUCAUAGAAAUAAAAUACUUCUAGUUUAGUUUGAUUUGAAUAAUAAUAAAUAAUUCUUCUUGAAUAGGAUGAUAGAUUGGAAAUAAAUAAAUUCUAUUCUAUAAUUAAUAAAUAUUUUAGUUUUAUAUUAGAUUUUUGAAUAAGGAAUAUCAAUAUAAAUAAUAUUAUUUAUUGAAUUCUUUUUUAGUAAUAAUGUUAAAAAGCAAUUUAUUACCUAAAAUCAAUCUUAAAAUUUUGAAAAAUAUUUUUAAAAUAACAAAUAAAUAAGUUAAAAAUUAUUUUUAGUUGAUUAAUAAAAGGUUAAAUAAAGAACUAAAAUAUAUUUAUAUUCAAAACGAUUUAAUAAACAUUUUAAUUAUUUGGAACAAUUGAAAAUAAAUCAAAAUAAAUAAAAUUGCUUAUUUAUACUCCCUUUAUUGUAAGUGGUUAGUAAUGUUGUUUGA